AUGACUGAAUAUAAAUCCAAGGAUAAAGACUUAAUGGACUUUCACAAAAUAAAAGAGUAUGAUUUAAUUCAAGUGGAAGAAAAGACAAUUUAUAUUUCAACACCACAAAGCAAACUUGAGGAUGAGAGGAAAUACUUGCUGGGGAGACAAAAAGUUGUCUUUGCUCUUAUUGGUAUGAUGGCAGAGCAGUUUGUUCCUGAUGGACCUCAUUUGAAGCUAUAUAAUUAUGAAAAAAAGCAGUGGAAUUACUUAAUGAAUUGGCAGCAUGCAACCAUGUACCUCUUCUAUGGCAUCUCAGGACUAGUGGACAUUGUGACUCACAGCACAAAUAUAUUACCUGAGGCCUUAGACCGAAUGAUGCUCUCACUUGCUGUUUUUGUGGAAGGUUUUCUAUUUUAUUAUCACAUCCAUGGGCGUUCCAUGUUAGAUUUUCAUGUUCAUCAGUUACUUUUAAUAACUAUCUUUGGAGGUGCCAUCUGCAUAUUCUUGGAAGUCUUUUUCCACAAUAGCAUUGUUCUUGAGAUGUUCCGAACAAGUCUUUGCAUAUUGCAAGGAAGUUGGUUCUGGCAGAUUGGAUUUGUCCUUUACCCUCCAAGUGGAAGUCCAGAAUGGAACCAAGUGGAUCACAGUAAUAUCAUGUUUCUCACCAUGUGCUAUUGCUGGCAUUAUGCAAUUAUACUUCUUAUCAUGGCAGUCAAUUAUAUUCUAAUCAGCUGGGUGGUUCGUACCAAAAUAAUGCAAGUCCCAUCCAUGGAAAUCGGAUUGCUGAAAACCUGUGAGCGAGAACAGGAGUCAGAAGAUGAAAUUUAAUUCUACAGAAACAUUUUCUCAUAGUUCACUUUCUAUUUUAGUAUUUCUAGUCCCUAGUGAUUCUAUUUUUUUCAUUAUUUAGUCUUAUACAAUUUAAACAUUAAUUUAUGAAAAUGCCAUUAUGGCAUUGUUUUUCUCAAUUGAAGUAGAAACAGAUGGCAUUGUAGCAUCUCAAAUGAGAAUCAGUUCUGGCUAUUAACAAAUGGUGGAUCCACUCUUUCAUUGUUCUUGGAUAAAGUAAGAAAUUUUCACAUAUUUUUCAAAAGCCAGAUGCAAUCCUAAUGUAGCAGAAAAUGGGAUAUAUAUUAAAAUAGUAAAAUGAAUCAAUUAUACAUUAUCACUAUUUAUAAAUAUAAAGAAUUUCUAGGAUAGAUUUCAAAUUUAUAUUUGUAAAUGUAUUGCUUUGUUUCUUAUUUUUUUAUUUUUGUAAUUAUUUAUUAUAAUUAUAAUAACCUAAUAAGUAUACAAAAAGCCAAAUAUUUUGUUUCAGCAAAUAAUGAUGUCCACAAAUUACUGUGUAUAUUACUUUGCAUAUGAGAAUUACCUACAGCAGAGUUGGCUUAUUUUUAUAAAAAGAAGAAAAAAACUAUGAGGUCAAAUUAUAUAUCAGAUGAUUUCUGUAUUUUGAAUUCAUUCAGUGCAAAGAAGACUCACACUGUGUUUCAAAUCCCUAUUUUGCAAUGACGCUUAUGCAAACCUUGGAGAAGAGAUUCACUGGGUUCAAGAUUCACAUUAUGAAGCAAUUUUCUCCAAGUCACUAAAGCACCUGUGCAAGGCACUUCUGGUGUGCGUGUCUAUGUGUCCAAAAAGUCAUGAUUGUAUUGCAACCAUGCAAUCACAGCCCACCCCUUUUUUAUGUGUAUCACAGAAAAUUUUGCUGCACACAGACAGAGAAGUUAUGAAUCACUGUCAGAUAGGAUCACAGCUGGUAUUUUUUGUGACAUGAAGAUAAGUAUAGCCUUACAAAAUGUGAAGAGGAUUUGACUGACUGACUUGACAGUAUGUUUUUGACAAAUAAACCAAAAAUUGUUAUUUGUAAACAAAUGCUAACAUACCUUUGCAGUGUUGUAGGAUGGUGAACAUGUUUAGAAUACUGUGUUUAUACAGAGCCCAGAGCCUACAUUUGCUUUUAGUAAUAUGUGAUUGCUUAAACUGUUUUACUUUAAGUUUCAGUUCAUGGGUAUCUGUAGAGGCAGGGACAGUGACACAGUAAGCCAUCACUCGUUGAAGCAAAUGAUGCAAUGUGACAUCCUUGUGUUCCAUUAUAAUAAUUUAUAUCAUUACAUCACCCUGUUCAAGAUGCUUGUCUUUCAGUGAGUAUUCCAGUUGGGAAAUCCAGUCAAAUAUUGACCCAGCCUAAAUAUCAGAUUGCCUUUUUUGUCCUUGGGUUCAUGUUUACAAAGAGCUUCUAUUCCCUGUAUCUUUUCCCAGCCAGACUCUCUUUCCACCAGUCACUGUUAACUAUCAACUGUAGCUCCUCUUCCACCAUCACUCCCUACCCAGCCAUGGGCAGCUACAGGCAUUGCCUGAGUCACCUUCACCAAGUCAAAGAUGUAAAUUUUAUUUAUUUAUUAUUAAAUUUUUAUGUCGCUCAUCUCACUGACACAGGUACCCUGGGCAAAGACUAUACAUCAGGGGUGUCAAACUGCCGGCCCGUGGGCCAGACGCGUCAUCCGGAAGCUGCGCCCACCCCAUUGCCGGCAAUGGCAAAACCAUCCCGAUACGUUGCGCAAUGUCACGUUGCAAGUUUGACAUGUCUACUAUACACCAUAGGCUUGCUUAUCUAUGCUCUCUGUUAACACAGAUAAAAAGCAAUCAGUUGUAGGCAAUCUUCCCUCUCUCCCCAAUAUAUUAGUAGAUGCCUUUUAUCAUUUCUCCAGUUUGGCAUUUUAAUAUCAUCUCUGCAUAUUGCGAGAAGGACUCUUUGCAUGAAUUCUAUUUAUCUGAAGUAAUAUGGCAUGAAACAAUGCUCAGGAAAGACUACAGGAUAUGUGCCUUUAGUUUUAACUUACAGUACAUACUCAGGUUAGAAUAUCUAAUUUGAGAUAAAACAUUUAAGAAUGUUAAUGUAAUUAAAAUAUGUAUAUUAUGUGUCUCUUUUUUUCAACAAUUAUACAUUUGAAGAACUCUGUGGUUUUAUAUGUAUAUGGAAUACAAAAAUGGCCAUAUUCAUUGCUAUUUGAAAUGCACUUUCUAUGUACCAAAUAUUUGUUUUAAAACAAAUUUUCUAAUUCAGGAGUAAGGAGAAUCCUCUCAGCUGAUCACAGGUGGUUCAAGUCCUUUAAAAUUAUCAAUAGUUAUUAGGUUUUAAUAAUAUUUCAAUGUAUUAUAGUGUAUGUUGAAAUAAAAAGUUUUCG